AUGUCUGCCGAAAUGGACUCAGACCACGAAGAAAAGCGCCACAAGAAGUCGAAGCGCAAGCAUCGGCACGAGGAACAGGGCGAAAAGAUGGACAUUGACCAGGAAUCAAAAGCGACCGAGACGCCCAAGAAAGAGAAGAGGAAGCACAAGGAAAAGAAGAGGAAACAGAGAACAGAGGAGACCGCAGGCGCCGACGCUGAGCCAGCUGCCUCGCCUGAAAAGAAGCACAAGAAACACAAGAGCUCAGAUAAGAAAGAAAAGAAGAGCAAACAUCACAAGUCCACAGCUGCGCCCGAGGAGACGACAGCGCACGCAGAGCGGAAAGACGAGGCAUUCGAGACCUUUGUUCCGGACCCGAAACAGUACCCCUUCUUCACGCAGACAUUCUCGCAGCGCAUCCCAAUCUGGCCGGCGGCGUUCGACGAGCCCCUGACCAAGACGGCGCGCGAGUACCUCGACCCCAUGCUGAACCGGUACUCGCCCAAGUUCAAAGGCGUGCUGCUGGCCUACAAGAAUGUCAACCUCUCGGAGCAGCCCCAGCGCGCAGACGCGAGAAACCCACCGACGGAUGACACGCCGGUGGUACUAGAAUCGGUCGAGUGCUACGCGCCCCCCUUCGCGUGGUUGACGGCCGAGCUGCACCUGUUCAUCCCGUCGCGGGGCGCCUGGAUGGAGGGCGAGAUCAACCUGCAGAGCGAGGGCCACAUCGGCGUCGUGUGCUUCGACAAGUUCAACGCUAGCAUAUCGAGGCGGAGCCUGCCGAAGGGUUGGACGUGGGUGGACCAGCCGGAGGAGGAGGAGGAGGAGCCCGAGCCGGUCGCCGCCGAGGAGGAUCCCUUUGUCGAGGGACAGGAGCAGCCCGCUGAAGGCGAGGAGGGAAAGAAGGCCGAGGAGACUCCCCAGCUGCGGAGCUCCGGCUACUGGCUGGACCGAAACGGCCAGAAGGUCACGGGCAAGAUCUAUUUCCGCAUCAAGAACUUCUCGAGUGGGUCCACGGGUGACUACACAUACUUGAGUCUGCAGGGAACCAUGCUUGACGAUGAGGCCGAGAGGGAAUCGGUCGCGGAGGAGAAGGCGAUCGAGAAGGCGAGGCGGGCGAGGCAGUCUCCCGGUGGACUUCUGUACCCCACCAUGAGGUUGCCAGAGUUCAGCAUGACGAGGCUCAAGGACGAAACCAUAUGA